CAACACGAAGCCUCAGUUAACCUCCAACGAAGGAGCACAGAACAAUCCUCCCACUGAAGCUGGUGAAAAAAUGAGGGGAAGGAAAUGACCGGCACAAAAUAUUCACUGUCCUAAUGAGAGCCACAGGCACUUGGUACGUCGCCUUUAGCCGCGCUUGAUGAAAAAGCCAGUGUGAUUAAGUGAGAUUAUAAAAUCACGCAGAUUUUUACCUACUCCUAGAUUGGUAACAUUUAUAAAGUAUUUCCAACUGGUAGUAAUUACAAACCUGCAAAUGGCAGUCUUCUUAUCACUUAACACGAGAGUUUUCCAUGGUCCACUUGCUCCAGUUUCAUAAUUCUAUGUACUGUACUCUGCGGCCCUGUGCGCUCCUUGUGCCCCGGCGCUGCGGCCUGUCGCUUAUGGUCCAUCACCGAUCCGCGCUCUCCCGGUCGGGGGCCGCACUAACGAGCUCCUCCUCCUCGUUUUGGGGAUUUACCCCGGGGCGCGAUGACCACUGGACGCACAGAGGAGGCACCGAGGAUUACUGCCAUGCAGCCCACUGAGCCUCGAGUUAACGGAACCGACGCCAGGGGAUAUCAGAGUUAUGUGAUCGCUGAAAAGACACCACCGGCGAGCAGAGAGCAAGGCACAGGAGACGACAGUUCUGCGAGAAAAUAUGAAUUCCCUUCUCCACCGGCGCCAAUUACGCACGGAGAUGCGCUGAAACAUUCAGGAAGGAGAUCAUUACUGAAGCUGGUUCAUUCUGAGGACGUGUAAACAGCCUGUCACUCAAUGACCGUCACCUACACGGCCAGAGUUGCAAACGCCCGAUUCUGUGGCUUCUCCAAACUGCUCCUGGCCUGGAAAGGGAGCAUCUACAAGGUGCUGUACAAGGAGUUCCUGGCUUUCUUUGCCAUGUACACAGCCAUCAGCAUCACUUACAGAUUUUUCCUCUACGAUGACCAGAAGAGGUAUUUUGAAAAGCUGGCUAUUUAUUGCAACCACUAUGCCAGUCUCAUCCCCAUGUCCUUUGUGCUGGGUUUCUACGUGACCCUGGUGGUGAACCGCUGGUGGAACCAGUACACCAGCAUCCCGCUCCCUGACAGGCUCAUGUGCGUCCUGUCCGGGGGGCUCCAGGGGAGCGAUGAGCGAGGCCGCCUGCUGAGGCGCACCAUGAUGCGCUACGCCAGUCUGUCGGCCCUGCUCAUCCUCCGCUCCGUCAGCACCGCCGUCUUCAAACGGUUCCCCACCAUGGACCACGUGGUGGAGGCUGGAUUCAUGUCGAGAGAGGAACGAAAGAAGUUUGAGAGUCUCCACUCUCCUUAUAACAAAUACUGGAUCCCCUGCGUUUGGUUCACCAACCUGGCGGCUGUGGCUCGCUGCGAGGGCAGAAUCAAAGACGAUCACACACUCAAGCUGCUGCUGGAGGAGCUGAACUCGUUCAGAGGGAAGUGCAGCAUGCUGUUUCAUUACGAUAUGAUCAGUGUGCCUCUGGUGUACACUCAGGUGGUGACUUUGGCCGUGUACAGUUUUUUCCUGGUGUGUCUAAUCGGUCGACAGUUCCUGGACCCCGGUCAGGGUUACCCAGGUCACGACCUGGACCUCUAUGUGCCCAUCUUCACCCUGCUGCAGUUCUUCUUCUACGCAGGUUGGCUCAAGGUGGCAGAGCAGCUGAUCAACCCCUUCGGAGAGGACGACGACGACUUUGAGACCAACUGGCUGAUUGACCGGAACUUCCAGGUUUCUAUGAUGGCGGUUGACGAGAUGUACGGAGAUCUGCCGAUGAUGGAGAGAGACCGUUACUGGAAUGACUCCAAUCCUAGGCCGCCUUACACCGCAGCCACUCUGUUUGUCCUGCGUAAACCCUCCUUCCAGGGGUCCACUUUUGACAUGGCGAUCCCUAAGGAGGAGAUGCACUUCCAGCCUCUGGAGAACAUUGCUGAGAACUUGGAGGAGUCGGGCACACGUCACCCGAACAUGGCGCUCUUCAACCGCCUCCUUAAUGCAGCCCCGUCCCCAACUGAGCUGAUGGGAGGGGCCCUCCGCCGGACGUCAGCGCAUCUUCAGAGGCUGCGUCACUUCCCGAGCAUUGACCAGUGCACUAGUGAUGAUGAUGAUGACGAGGACAGCUGUAAAAUAGGUAAAGGGGGGUCUCUGCCGUCAGGACUGGGGCAGGACACCCAGAGCACCGUGUGCAGUUUUAGGGAGGAGAAAAGUGCCAGGACGCCUCUGCUGGAAAUUCAGUUUGGGGAGGAGGAGGUGGCCAAGAACGCAAAUGAAGAGCUGAGUGGAGCGGAGGGGAAGAGUGAUGACGAGAGGGAGAAAUCAGAGAAGGAGGAGACCUGUGGAGCUCCAGUGUCGCUGCUUCCUCCCCCGCCUCAUUCCUCCAGAGAACGGUCCAGUCGACCAGUUUCUGCCAUUCCCAUCACCUCCCAUCACCCCUCCGCUUUCCUGUUUUCUCCGGCUGCGCACUCCAGUCUGGAGCACUGCAGCUCCCAGCCAGCAAUCAGCCACAACAGAGCCGUGCCCACCAUCCCCAGACCUCCCUGCGGUGGAAAAAAAAUGUCCUUCCUCACUGUGCCGUCUUACAACGAACCUCAGCGUUUCCGCAGUGUGAGCAUGGGGUCGGAGCUCACAGGGUCUUAGGUGGACAGUGGGUCGAGAUGUUCCCAACAUUUGACCGUUGACUGUUUAAUUUGUUCCUGAUGCUUGAGUCACUGUAAGUUAUCAGGAGUGGAGUUAGAAGAGGAACUUCCAGAUUCUCUCUGAGUCAGCAGCACCCAUGUGGCCACACAACAUAAUGAGACUCCUUGAUUUUGUUAUAGAAACCGGUGUACAGUCAAAGUUCAAGAGUUUCAAAGAUCAAAAUGGAGAAGUGUUAGGAUGAAAGAAUGCGUUUACUGAAUGAGUCAGACGACAUCCGUUUAAUCUGUAUUUUAUUCUUCACAUUAAUUACAGAUUUGAUAUUUAGUGUAGCUUAACAUGGACAUUGGAAGAUACUGAUAUUAAUUAAAACGAGACCAGGAAAAAUCUGUAAGGUGUCUCAAUUUACAUUUCACCUAGGAAAUUAUUCACUAAUUGCCAGUCACCUUGUUUUAUUACAGUAUUACUGCUCCAAAUCUGUAAAACCAUUUAGCAUUAAGCAAGGUUUGCAUAAAAUCUGCUAAAAAAAAAUUACAGAAUUCAUUAAUUUGUUAAAUAAUGUUUUUUUCUUACAUGACACAUUUGAUAGUGAUAUAUAGUGCGUAUUUUCGACCACUUUAUUCAAACCUAUUUGCAGUUUCAAACAUUUACAUUCAUUGUUUUGCUUUUGUUCCUCCUGGACAUUGUAUCUUAUCUGUGCAAAGUCAUUUUUAAAUAUGAUACAAUAAAAAAUGAACCAAGACAGUUACAACAGACAGAACAGUAAGCUCUGAAGUUAAAGGGGUUUUUACACCGAGAUGCCAGAUGUCCAUCCAGUACCAACAGCGACCACAAGGUGGUGAUAGCGGCAAACCCAAAGCUGCACAUGCAGUGACAAGCUCAGUCACCGACUAAAUAAAUAAAUAAAUAAAUAAAUAAAUAAUUCUCAGCUUCUUCCACAUUCUUGAUUUCCAUUCUGCCCAUGAGUGGGCUGGGCUGUUUCCUGCAAACGAGGGCUCCUACCUGGGCACCAGCUUAGGGUGGACCAUCCUCCUGGCCUGGGAGGACUGUCUCUGCCUAGCCAGGAAAGACUGAGGCGGGCCUGUAGCAG